AUGGAGGAAGAGGUGACUUACAAAGGGAUAAAAACAACCAGUUAUAGUGGGGUUCAGGCACUCUUAGUCCUCCUGAGCAGCAGCAGAAGUCCGAAGAACCCGAGAGCAGUGCAGGUGUUGAUCCUGUCUUCCUGGCGCUCGGGCUCCUCCCUCAUGGGGCAGUUCUUCAGCCAGCACCCAGAUGUCUUCUACCUGAUGGAGCCUUCCUGGCAUGUGUGGCUGGCUUUCUCCAGGAGCAGCGCUGCCAUGCUGCAGGGGCAUGUACAGGACCUGGUCCGCUCUAUCUUCCUCUGUGACAUGACUGUCCUUGGCAGCUACUUGGCCCCUGGUUCCAGAGGACAAUCUGACCUCUUCAUGUGGGAGACGAGUAGGGCCUUGUGCUCUCCCCCUGCCUGUGGCGCCUUCCCACGUGGAGCCAUCGUUUCUGGGUCUGCCUGUAGGCCUUUGUGCAGGAAGCAGCCCUUCAGUGGGGUGGAGAAGGCCUGCCGCUCCUACAGCCACGUGGUACUCAAGGAGGUGCGCUUCUUCAACCUCCAGGGACUCUACCCAUUGCUGACCGACCCUGCUUUCAACCUGCACGUUGUUCACCUGGUACGUGACCCCCGGGCCGUGUUCUGUUCCCGAGAACGCACAAAAGGUAAACUGAUGUUGGAUGAUCGUAUUUUACUGGGGCAGCAGUGGAGCAGGCUGAAGGCCAAAGACCGGCCCUAUUAUUUGAUGAAGGCGAUUUGCCAAAGCCAACAGGAGAUCUAUGAGGCUGCACAGCAACUAGAGGGCCCUCUGCGGAGACGCUACCUCCUGAUGCGCUAUGAAGAUCUGGUCCGGGAGCCCCUGGUCCAAGUCUCCCAGCUAUACAAUUUCUCACGAUUACAAGUCUUGCCUCAGCUCCAGUCCUGGGUUCAGUUCAUCACUCGUGGGCAGGGUUUGGGAAAUGAUUCUUUCUACCCAAAUUCCAGGGACGGCCAUCAUGUUUCCCAGGCUUGGCGCUGGUCACUGCCCUAUAAAAAGGUGGCCCGACUGCAGGCUAUCUGUGGUGACUUUAUGAGUCUGAUGGGCUACCGGCCAGUUUUGUCUGAACAAGAGCUCAAGAAUCUGUCACUGGAUCUGCUGUCUUCCCAGAGGCCAGCCCAGCUGAGGAGCCCCAAGGGCUAA